CCAGAGGUUAAAGCGUUCGCACAUUUAACCACGAUGUGUGAGGUUUGCAACCAUUUCUGGUGUUCCCCGACGUGAUGCAACAACUAUAAGACUAUACUAGCACACUCACCUAUGGACAUGGACUCAACUGGCACUUAAAUACUUCAAGUAAUCCCCCGACAAAGAUCCUGAAGCCGAGUCAACAAACGGUGACCAUCUACAUCCACCAGCACAGGAGACACGUGAAAAUAGGCCCGAACAUGAGUCAGAGUCAGUUGAAAAGGAGCCAACUGAAAAAGACUCUGCAGGAAAGGAAAUGGAUACCCAGUCUGAUACCAAAUCUGGAAAACAAUCAGAAACAGAUAAAGGCGAUGAGUCGCAGGAAACAGAGAAGAAGCCGCAACAACUUACGAAACAACUACAAUCCACGCAAAAAUCUUUGAAAAAGAAAACUGGCGAGCUAGAAACACUGAAGAAACAAUUAAGAGAUGAAAACGAAGAACUGAGCAAAACGAGGGAUGAACUCCAGUCCACAAAAGAAACUUUGACUGAAACUGAGAACAAACUGAAGACAAAGAUCGAGGCUCUACAGGAAACAAAUAAAGAGCUGGAACAACGUACGAAACAAUUAAGCGAUAAAAACGAAGAACUGAGCAAUACGAAGGCUGAACUCCAGUCAACAAAAUACACUUUGACUGAAUCUGAUAACAGCCUGAAGACAAAGGUCGAAGAUCUACAGGAAACAAAGACAAAGCUGGAACAACGUACGAAACAACUACAUGAUACCGGGUCUGCUCACCAAUCCACGAAAAAUUCUUUGAAAGAAAAAACUGACGAGUUAGAAACACUUAAGAAACAAUUAAGCGAUAAAAACGAAGAACUGAGCAAAACGAAGGCUGAACUCCAGUCCAAAAAACACUUUGACUGAAACUGACAACAACCUGAAGACAAAGGUCAAGGAUCUACAGGAAACAAAGACAAAGCUGGAAGAACGUGAUGAAUUAUGUUGGAAACAAGCAACAGUGAUUGACUGAGUGCAAUUUAACGUGGAAAAGGGAGGGUGUAAAGAGAG